GUAUUUCAAUUAAUUGCAUAAUCUCCAUUUCAAUAAGAAAAAUCACAUGUAUUUUUAUUUAAAUACUCAAUUUAAUCGUUGUGGCCUCUCAAGUAUGAGUGGGUUCGAUUCCAGGGGCCCGAUUCUCCUAAGUUAAUAAUGUCAAAAUCGAAUAGAAAUUAAAUCGCAAUAGCAGUUUUAACCUUGCCGGGCAUUCUGCUAGAAUCGGGCCCCAGGUAACUAGGUUGAGGAGGUCACAUAGGCAGUCAGUCCUUGUAAAACACUGGUACUUACUCAGCCUCAUCAGGUUAGACUGGAAGCCGACCACAACAUAGGGGAAAAGGCUUGGGAGAUGACACGGAAGGACUCAUUGAAGAAGUUGAAAUGACAGUAGCCAUAAAGUAUCAAAGCCUAGUAAGUAUAUGGAAUCAUAAGAGUAUUCUAAUAAAAUCAUAAAACGCAGAAACUGGCAUAGGAACAUGCGUAAAAGUAAAACUUAUGCUGUAAGGCAGAGUAGCGAUGUGAGCGCGGGAACUGCGAGUCUGCAGCUACGACCGACCACACACCGUGUAUCGGGAGCUUGUUUGACGACUCUUUGGACUCCACUGAGAGUGCGUUGCAUUAGGUAAGUACCUUCCUCUAACAGAGAGAAUUGUACACACUUGUGCGUUAUAAGCUAACCGUCGUAAGGGUUUUCGUUUGUGUUGAUCUUAUUGGUUUAUAUCUACAACAGCUUCGAUAAUAAGAAAAAUUACCUUAUGUAAAAUAAAGAGAUAGAAAUUCCCGUUGUAUGCGGUAAAUAUUCAUCCUCAUUGUACCAAACGCAAAUGACGUGUAACUUGUUACAAUAAUGACGCACUGGCCGCUUAAAGAAAACCAAAAUUAAAUGUCUAGACAUAGACGAGGCGGCUGUCAGUAGCCGGAAUUUUCAAGGUUCGGAACAAUGUGGGUGAGGAUCCUCUGCGUGGUGGUGUUGGCGAGUAGCGCGCUGGGCAAGGAGGACGCGCUACUGGACCCGCUGUUCGGCGCGGAGGGGCGGAACAAGGUGGAUAUCUGCGUGGGCACGCCCGGCGGCCGCGUGCGCCGCUGCCAGGGCGCGCUCUACAACCGCGAGUGGGUGGUGGCGCGCGCCGGCUGCCUGCGCAGAGCCGCCAGCCACAGCAUGGCCAUCGAGCGGCCCUCCGCCGGCGGCAGCUGCGACCACGUCCUUGCCGGGAACCCCGGCGUGUACCGGUCCCGCGAAGUGCGACACCACGUGAUGCAUCCGUGGUUCGAUCUGGCCAUAGUGAUCGCGAAAACACCUUAUAAUAACCUGGAAAAGCUCUCCAAUGCCACAGAAAUCCGCCAUAAGCUGAAGCACCAUGGUGUGUACAAGUGGAUGAAACAUUACUUUGACGCCUUUGCCCUAACUCGCGACCAUGGAUAUCACCUCAAUAGAAUUUCCCGAAAUUUAAAGACAUACCACCAUCCAUUCUGGUAUUUCUUUGUAACGAUGGUCCUGCCCAGCGUGCUGUUCAUGUUAGUCUUUAUAUAUGUUACAUUCUACACAGGGACCCCUCAAGAGGUUCCUUAUAAGAAACUGCGUUAUUCUAAGAAAGUAACUUCUAUUUAAUAUGUAUUGAAUAAUAUAGUUGUUUCAUAAUA